CAACAAUUUGCCACACCAACCAACAAUUAAGGCUCACAUGCUAUUGUUCUGAAAUGUUUAGAAAUCAGAGCAAUAAAAAAUAAUACUACCAUUAGAAAAAUCACAAUUAAAUAUCAGCUCUGCAGGAAUCGAGGAGUAAGUAACAUGAAAAUCAAUGCACGCGCACACGCGCCCGCAGACACACACAAACAAUAAUGAUAGUUGGACUAUAGGCUUCUUAAAUCUUAAGUUUCUAUAAAAAGAUUUGAAAAAAAUGACAUUUGAUCUAAUUGAUACGGAAUAUAAUUGUAAAUUAAUAAAAUAAUUCACGUUGCUGAGAGCAAUGAAAUCACAGGAUCGUAAUAUAUAUAUAUAUAUAUGUAUAGUCAAAGGAUCCCAAUUACUGAUUCACGUGGUAUGAUUAAAAUGGAAUCUAAAUAAAAAACUAAUCAUUGGAAACAUUAUAUAGUUUGGAGCCUUUACACUUCAAACACACACACACACACACACACACACACACACACAAGAGAGAGAGAGAGAGAGAGAGAGAGAGAGAUGAAGCAGGGAAAGGCGGUGGUGGUGGGAGGGAGCAUAGCAGGGAUGUCAUGCGCACACGCGCUGUCGGCAGCAGGGUGGGAAGUGGUGGUGCUGGAGAAGACCAUGUCUGCUCCAACUAGCUGCACCACCGGAGCUGGACUCGGGCUCGAUAAGCUCUCCCACAAACUCAUCCAACCAUGGCUUAAACAACCUGAAAAGCUCGACGUCAUGACAUUACCGCUGACUGUUGAGUAUGAUCAAGCAACAGAUGUGAACAAGAACAUUAGUAGGACACUGGCAAGAGACCCGAGUUUCAAUUUCAAAGUAGUGCACUGGUCCGAUCUCCAUAGGCUUCUGUACGAGUCCUUACCGCCGGAGGUUGUUCUCUUGUGGGGACACUUCUUCUUAUCCUUGUCCAUUUCUGAAGAUAAAAGUUCGGUCAAAGUGGUAGCUAAGCUUCUUCAAACCGACGAAACUGUCGAGAUAGUUGCCGAUCUUCUUGUCGCAGCUGAUGGUAGCCUCUCUCCUAUACGAAAACAUUUUCUCCCUGAUCACAAACUCAGAUAUUCGGGUUAUUGUGCAUGGAGAGGGGUAAUCGAUUAUUCAGACAACGAGAACUCAGAAACACUAAAGGCAAUCAAGAAAGCGUACCUUGAUCUCGGUAACUCUUGUUAUUUCGACUUAGGCUCAGAAGGGCAUGUUGUCUUUCACGAGUUAAUCAACCGAAGGUUCAAUUGGGUUUGGUAUCUCAAUCAAGAAGAGCCUCGUUUUGAGGGAAAUUCGCUCACAACAAAAGUUAGCCAAGACAUGAUUGAAGAAAUGUACGAAUUAGCAGAGAAAGUAUGGAUACCUGAACUGGUGAAAGUAAUGCGAGAAACGAAAGACCCCUUUCUGAACGCGAUAUACGAUAGCGAGCCAUUAGAGCAGUUGUAUUGGAACAAUAACGUGGUUCUGAUUGGAGAUGCAGCUCACCCUAUAACGCCUCACAGUGCGAGAGCCACCAACAUGUCGAUACUCGAUGCUGCAGUGUUGGGCAAAUGCCUCGAGAAGUGGGGCCCCGAGAAUCUUGGCUCGGCCCUCGAAGAGUAUCAGUCUAUCAGGCUGCCGGUUGCUAAAGAGCAAGUUCUUUACUCACGACGAUCGGGCCGUAUAAAACAACGUUUACCUGUCUCUGGUCGGGAGAUAUUUGAUCCUAUGACAGCAAGUGAAGAAGAAAGCAAAGUGCUGCAGAUAAGGAAUACACCUUAUUUCAAUGUUAUGCCAUCCAUUUUGAUGUAAUAAGUGCGGACCACCCUCUGGAUGUGUAUUCCCAGCAGGAGUUUUCUUAUCUGUGUGUUUCAAUUAUCAAUAAACAUGUGUCCGAGUAAUGUUGUCUUCA